GCGCAGGCGGCAGCGGCGGCCGUGGUUCGGUGCCCGGUGAGCUUUGCCACAGACCAAGAGGAAGCCAUGGUGUGCAUUCCUUGUAUUGUCAUUCCAGUUCUCCUCUGGGUCUACAAGAAGUUCCUUGAGCCUUACAUCUACCCUGUGAUCGCCCCUUUCAUUAAGCGUGUCUGGCCCAAGAAAGCUGUGGAAGAAACAACAGCCAUGAAGCAAGGCCAAGGAGGUGGUGCUGGAGACCCAGGGAUACUGACAGCCAGGAAAAGAGAUCAGGAGGAUGGACCUGGAAUUUACACUUUUGAGAGCAACGGUGUUGCAAAUGGAGUUGCCACAAAGAGAUCCACAGACACUUCUGACAAGAAAGCAGAUUAAAGGAGCCCAUUCAGAGUGGGUUUAUUCCCUUGUGUCCCAGAGGGACUGGUGAUGUUGCUGUCACUUCAAGACCUUCUUUCUUUGCACGUUUUAGCUGACUAAAGCCCCUUUGCUGCUGACAGGAGAGGGCCUCUGUUGCCUCUAGAAUGGCAGCCAGCACAUUUCUUUAUUUAAAAUGCCUGAAAACUGCAGGUUUUUGUGUCUUUCCUUCUUUCCUUCAUCUCUCAUCUGUUUGGUGUGACUGGUGUGUAGGUUAAGUAAUUUAACAAAUAAAUCUAGCUGUGGGAGGUAAAUGUUAUCUUAGUUUCACUAACUGCUAGUGCAGUACUUCAGGCUUUCAGCCCCAGAUCUACAGCUUGUGCUUGACCUUGCUGAAGAGCUUUGAGUGGCAUCAUGGCAACCUAAGUGUAAAACCACAAGGAGCUCAGCUUUUUUUGGUGUCAGAUCUGUGGGUGAGCUAAAGGAGUUAAAGCUACAUGCAGAACUUACUUAACUUUACUCCAAGCAGAGAGUCUUGGUUUGGUGAUCCCAUUAAUUAUUUUCCCUCAGAGGCUGUGCCUUUCAUUCCUGCAGUGGAGCAGCAGGGGCAUGAUGUGACAGAUUAAUGAGUAAUGAUUAACUGCUGCUUUCUGUUCUGCUUUGGUGGUUUCAAAUGUCUUCUGAAGAAAAAAGAAAGGGGAAAAAAGUCCCAGCUGAAGUCUCUCCAAUGUGCUUGUGGAACUUGAGUUGUAAAUAAAACCCCUGCUUUGUUAUGGAUAAGCUGCUCCAUACAGUUGUUCUUGGGCUUCUGAGCCAUAAAUGUUGGAAGUGGGUAGUCAAAUCUUUGAAGACCUGUAGACAGGCCCCAAGCAGAAGGAGCUCAUGAAACUGUGAG